GAACUACUAAUACAUUUCUCAAGUCCAUUUUCUUCUCAAUCAAAAUAGAAUAAUUCUUAGCUUAAUUUACUUUGUACAUUAGUUUGAAGAUUUAUUAAGAUGAGAAGAAAGUGUAAUUUGGAGCUCAGACUUGUUCCUCCUGCCCCAUACUUCGAUUCCAUGGGAAAUAAAGAAACCAUAGAUGAAGAGAAGGAACAUCAGCAGCUAACUAUAUUUUAUGAUGGAAAAGUUGUGGUUUCUGAUGCUAGCGAGGUCCAGGCUAAAGCUAUAAUACAUCUUGCAAGUAGGGAAAUGAAGGAGAACACAAAAACACCAUCGACACUUUCGGAGCCACCAUCAUCAUUAUCACAAUUUGAAACUGAGGUUUCUAUGAAAAAAUCUCUACAAAGAUUUUUGCAGAAGAGAAAAAGUAGAACUCAAGCAAUUUCCCCGUGUCAUCAACUACAGUAAUAACAUAUCCAGUGAAAUCUCAUAAGAAGGAUUUGAGGAGAAUACAAUGUAUUCCAAACUUUAUCACUACUCUAUGUAGAUAGAGAAACUGCUUACACGAGACUUAUCCAUCUCUCUCCCCCCUCCCCCCUAAGUUUGUGUUAUACUAUACCUCCGUCCAUUUUAUAAUGGUCAUGCUGCGCUUUUAAUUGAAAGUCAAUUUGACUAAUUUUCAAAGUUAAAUUAAAUUACUUUAAUUGAUAUU